AUGCAGGGAAUCAUCUACUACUUGUAUUUUUCUUCCAGAAAUACAAUUGUUCUGAUCUCAGAGUUCUUGGACAUAACCCAUACCAAAGAGAAGGUCUGUUCGGUGGUCAGCCACUUACUCCAUAUGUCCAGAGAGAAGCCUGAGACCUCACAGCAGAAUAGCAAUAUCCCUAAUUUCUCAAUAAACAACAUCUCCAUCAGUUUCCAGCCAGAUGACUCCAAACAGGAGACUGUUCUUAAGUCCCCACCAAAACCCCAGUUUAAAAUGGGCAACACACCAAAGAUCUCAGCAAAAAGGGGAACCAUUCCUAAGUCCGCAGUACCUGUUACCCAGUCUAAGCAUGGUAGAAUCCCCAAGUCCAUGGCAAAAACUAUCCAGCCCAAACAGGAUUCCACCCCUCAGCCCGCAGAGGAAAACAGCCAGUUCAAUGAGAGUGGUAUUUCCAAGUCCCCAGAGGAAACUGUCCAGUCCUGUGUGGGUGGUUUCCUCAAGUCUUCAGCACAGACCAUUGGACCCAGACAGAAGACUAUCCCUCAGGCCGCAGAGGAAAACAGCCAGUUCAAUGAAAGUGGUACUUCCCAGUCCCCAGAGGAAUCUGUCCAGUCCUAUGUGGGUGGUUUCCUCAAGUCUUCAGCACAGACCAUUGAGCCCAGACAGAAGACUAGCGCUCAGGAUGCAGAGGAAAACAGCCAGUUCAAUGAGAGUGGUAUUUCCGAGUCCCCAGAGGAAUCUGCCCAGUCCUAUGUGGGUGUUUUCCUCAAGUCUUCAGCACAGACCAUUGGGCCCAGACAGAAGACUAGCGCUCAGGAUGCAGAGGAAAACAGCCAGUUCAAUGAGAGUGGUAUUUCCGAGUCCCCAGAGGAAUCUGUCCAGUCCUAUGUGGGUGGUUUCCUCAAGCCUUCAGCACAGACCAUUGGGCCCAGACAGAAGACUAUCCCUCAGGAUGCGGAGGAAAACAACCAGUUCAAUGAAAGUGGUACUUCCGAGUCCCCAGAGGAAUCUGUCCAGUCCUAUGUGGGUGGUUUCCUCAAGUCUGCAACACAGACAGUUCAACCUAGACAAAGGACCAUCUCCAAUUCCUCAGAGAAAACUGGCCAGUCUAAUGAGGGCAGCAUCCCCAAGUCCUCUGUACCCAUGCAACCUAAGCAAGAUGUCCUCAAGUCCAUGGCAAAACCUAUCCAUUCCAAGCAGAGGACCAUCCCCAAGACCUCAGAGGAAACCAGCCAAUCCAAUGAAGGUGGCAUUCCCAUUCAUCCCAAACUCAGGACUAUUCCUCAGGGAAAGGACAAGUCCUCAGAGGAAACUGACCAACUCAAUGAAGAUGACAUCCCCCAGUCCUCAGCAUACAUCCAACUCAAGCCAGGAGAUACCUUAAAGUCCUUGGCAAAACCAGUGCCUCCCAAGCAGGGGAGCAUGUUCAAGUCCUUAGAGGAAACUGACCAGGCCAAUAAGGAAGAUAUCCUCCAGUCCUCAGCCUACAUACAACUGAAGGAAUUAGUAAAAUCUAUCCAAUACAAGCCAGGGGUCCUCCUCCAGUCCUUAGAAGAAAAUAGCCAGUUCAGUGAGGAUAGUGCCCCCAAGUCCCCAGCAUAUACUUUACAUCACAAGUCUUUGGUGAAAACUAUUCUACCUAACGAUGAGACAAUCCCCAAGUUUUCAGGGGAAACCAACAAGUCCAAAAAAGAUGGCAUCCCCAAGUCCUCAGUAUAUACCAACAAGUUCAAGGAAGUCAAACCCUUAUACAAAUCCAUCCUGCCUAAGAAGGGCAGCAUCACUAAUGUCUCAGAGGAAACCUUGCAGCAGCCCAUGAAAAGCACCCUUGAAAAGUUCCAAGAAGAAUUGACAGAAUACCCAAAGGAAACCCUGGUGAACAUGAUUCUGAGCCAUGAUGAAUUCAAGGACAUGCUCAGGGAGGCAGAGCAUAAGCUGGUAGUAGUGAACUUCUCAGCCUCUUGGUGCAGCUCUUGUAGGAUUAUGAGGCCAUUCUACCAUUCCUUGUCUGUGAAGUAUGAGAAUGUGAUGUUUCUGGAAGUGGAUGCUGAUGAUUGUGAGGAGGUGGUGAAAGUGUGUUCAGUUGCGUGUCUUCCAACCUUUCAGUUUUAUAAAAAAGAAGAAAAAGUGUAUGAGUUUCAUGGGGCCCUUAAGGAAAAACUUGAAGAAACCAUUAGAGAAUUAAAAUAA